UGUCAUCUAAGAUCAUGUUUAUACAAGCAGACGAAAAUACUUUCAACCAGGGCAUUUCUGGGACGUUUUUAUCUUGAGAAUCCAAGGGCGCCUUGUAACAUCAGUGUAACAUCGUUGUUUAAAGAUCAUCAUCAACAUUCAAGUCUUUUCUCAAACAAGAGGGAAUCUACUCUGACAAGAACCGCAUUGUUGGAAAGCUCACAGUUCAGAUAUCUUCAUUUUUCUCGAACAGUUCUAUAUUCCAACAAAGAGAAAGGUAUCAAUGGUGGAGCUACAGAUGCAAAGGACAAGGUUGAAUCUGAUAAAAGUACCGAGGCUAAGUCAGAAACUGUGCCAGAAGAGAAGUUGACCGUUUUCCAGAGGUUUAAGAAAACAUACAAAGAGCAUGGGAAGGUUCUAGUUUGUGUGCAUCUGCUAACAUCCGCAGUAUGGUUUGGAAGUUUCUUCUAUGCAGCAAAAGUUGGUGUAGAUGUAAUUCCUUUAAUGGAAUGGAUUGGGCUUCCGGACAAAGUGAUAAAACCCAUUAGAAACUCCAGUUUAGGGGACGUAGCUCUGGCAUACCUUAUGUACAAGCUUGCAACACCUGCUCGGUACACUGUUACUUUAACAGGUACAAACUUUGCCAUAAAGUACUUAAGAAAAGUCGUCGGUAAAAUGCAACCAAAAGACAAGAGUUCAAGUCUUCGUGUGCUAGCAAAGGACUCGAGAGCAGAAUUGAAAGUAAAAAGGAGAAAAAUGCAAGGAACAACUGAUCAGAUAAAAAGUAAUUUGAUAGACAGGCGAGUAAAAAGUUAAGAGAUCGAAUUAAGAAAUUGCGAGUGAAAUUGAAACGUCAGUCGAAUCU